AAGAAAAAUAUUAUUAUAAACCGUCAUCUGAAAAAGACUCGUGAUAGUGAAUUCACUGAAUUGUAUAGUCUCUGUUUGUAUAGCCUGUUGGAGAUGCUCUAAACGUUACUUUCUCAAAGAAUCUCGAUCUCCUUUUUAAGUAGGCUCCGACCCAGCUCAGAGUGUUAAACAAUCCCCAACAUCAGGGCCAUUUAUCUACAAACCCAGAUUUAUAUAUCAACCAUAUCCCAAAAAUAAAUUCACCGCCGGGGGAACGCCUCGCAGAAAGUUUUGAUUCCCUUAAAAAGAAGAAAAAAAUAUAAUAUUUUUCUCCUUUCAGGAUUUUGUAUUGGUUUUUAUAACUGAGAAAUAAACGUGGGGUGCGUUUAAAAUGAAUGUUCAUGCAGUAAGAUCCUGAAAACCAUGUUGUGUACAAAAGUUUCGAGGGAAAACGAAGCGGGAACGGUGCCGGUUUACCUCAAUGUGUACGAUCUGACGCCCAUCAAUGGGUAUGCCUAUUGGUUUGGCCUUGGAGCGUACCAUUCUGGUGUACAAGUCCAUGGUAUUGAGUAUGCAUUUGGAGCUCAUGAGUAUCCAUCAACUGGAAUUUUUGAAGGAGAACCAAAAAAAUGCGAAGGAUUUACAUAUAGGAAGACAAUCUUGAUCGGAAAAACGGGUAUGGAGCAGGCGGAGGUGAGAGCAGUCAUGGAGGAGCUGGGAGGUGAGUAUCGAGGGAAUGCAUAUAAUUUGAUUACCAAAAACUGCAACCAUUUUUGCAAUGAUGCUUGUGUUAGGCUCACUGGAAAUCCAAUCCCAAGUUGGGUCAAUCGGCUUGCUAGAAUCGGAUUUCUUUGCAAAUGUGUUAUUCCAGCAACUCUAAAUUCAACUAAAAUAAGGCAUCAUAGAAUCGAAGACAAGCCAUGUGAAGAAGAAGAAGAAGAGAAGAAGAAGAAAAAGAAAGUCACAAGCGACUCAAACAGAGUCAUAUCUUCCAACUCUUCUUCCUCCUCUUCAUUGUCUCCUUCUAGCUCCACAAUCCGCAGGGGAAGAAGCAGAAACAGAAGCAGACGCAAACGUGCUCUUCCUCCAUCUUCGCCUUAGGUUUUGGGUCGAGGAAAAAAAAAAAUCUCAAAGGGAAGGAAGGAGGCAAAAAUCGUGGAUUUAUAUUUUUCUUUAUUCUUUUCAAAGGAACCUCGAAGAGAAUCUACAUGUUCUUGAGGAACCUCGAAGGCAAUGCAGCAAAUGCCUGUACGAGUCUACGUUUUUAUUCUUUGGGAGGAAAAGUUAUGAAAUGACUGCAACUUUAUCUUUGUUGACCCCAUUUUGGUUAAACUGCAUGCCAUUGCCUUUGGACAGAU